AUGGUAGUCAUGGGGGUGAUCGACACUUUACCAACAACGCGUCGGCUAAGCAGCCAUAAGAUUGGUGGAUCAGAGACUGGCUCCACACACACUCAUGAGAACACAGGGGAUCAGCAAAGCUGUGCCUUGGAGAGGAUUGAACCCGCUAUCUGUACUCCAGAGUUUCAGAUCAUGACAGAUCGUGAACUGUUAACAAUUGUGUCAAAGCGUGGGGUGCAAUCAGCUGUGCUACAGCAGGGGCCAUUAGGGCCUAACAACCCCGAUAAGUCUCAACUGAGCUCCUGUAAGGAGGAGAUAAAGCCCCCAAGCAGGGCAGGACCACAACUGUCACCUUCUGACUUCCUGGACAAGCUCAUGGGGAGAACGUCGGGAUAUGAUGCCCGCAUCAGACCCAACUUCAAAGGUCCACCUGUGAAUGUCACCUGUAAUAUUUUCAUCAACAGUUUUGGGUCCAUCACCGAAACUACCAUGGACUACAGGCUAAAUGUAUUUCUACGCCAAAAAUGGAAUGACCCUCGUCUGGCAUACAGCGAAUACCCAGAUGACUCCCUUGAUCUGGAUCCAUCCAUGUUGGACUCUAUCUGGAAACCCGAUUUAUUCUUUGCAAACGAGAAAGGAGCCAAUUUCCACGAGGUCACCACUGAUAACAAGCUGCUACGGAUUUUCCAAGAUGGAAGCGUGCUGUAUAGCAUCAGGCUGACUCUUACCCUGUCCUGCCCUAUGGACUUGAAGAAUUUCCCAAUGGACAUUCAGACCUGUACCAUGCAGCUUGAAAGCUUUGGCUACACCAUGAAUGACUUGAUCUUUGAGUGGCUGUCUGAGAACCCCGUUCAGGUGGCUGAUGAUCUCACCCUCCCACAGUUUGUGCUAAAAGAGGAGAAGGAUUUGGGCUACUGCACUAAGCAUUAUAACACAGGUAAAUUCACCUGUAUUGAGGUGAAGUUCCAUCUAGAGCGUCAAAUGGGCUACUACUUGAUCCAGAUGUACAUCCCUUCCCUCCUCAUUGUCAUCCUCUCAUGGGUCUCUUUCUGGAUCAACAUGGACGCUGCACCUGCCAGAGUGGGCCUGGGCAUCACCACUGUACUGACGAUGACCACACAGAGCUCUGGUUCCAGAGCCUCGCUGCCCAAGGUGUCCUAUGUGAAGGCCAUUGACAUUUGGAUGGCGGUGUGUCUUUUGUUUGUGUUUGCUGCCCUGCUGGAGUACGCGGCGGUUAACUUCGUCUCAAGGCAGCACAAGGAGUUCAUCAGGCUGAGGAAAAAGCAGCGGCAGCAAAGAAUAGAACUGACAACAUCAACACGCUACAGCUGGCUGUCAUAUUACAUGAGGAAGAUCUGCUCAUUUCAGUUCAGCUUGUUUCCAUGUCAGCCUGGGAGUGUUGAGUCGUUGCGAAAAGCGAAUGAUAACCCUGGUAACAACUCAAGCUACAGGAAUCUGAAUCAGCACUGCAGCGCCUGUGCCAGGGAGGAGGAACUGAUGAGGGAGAGCCGUGGUUUUUACUUCCGGGGUUAUGGACUGGGUCACUGCCUGCAGACCAAGGAUGGUGCCGCUGUGGAAGGGGCCACUGUGUUCACCCCCCCACCUCCGGUUACCUUGUACGACGGGGAGGUGCUUCACAAGCGCUUUGUGGACCGGGCCAAGCGCAUUGAUACCAUCUCCAGAGCUGUCUUUCCCUUGAGCUUCCUCAUAUUCAACAUCUUCUACUGGGUCACCUAUAAAGUGCUGCGACACGAGGACAUCCACGCAAAUUUGUAAAACGUUCUCUACCAACCCCAGAUGCUACAUUUUAGUUUUUUUUGUUUUUUCUCCUCAGAAAAAAAACAAACCAAAACUGCCUGUCAGAUCUACAUUACAGUGAGGUAAUGCGUCAAGAGGCAGAUCUGCUUCUUAAAACCACUGCUAAAAGCUUUGUGCUCAGGUGCGUCUUCAGGAUCUCAGACGAAGAUUGAUUAAGAGGAAAGACAAGGUGAAGCUGCAUGGAUUCAGGCUGGCGUUGUCUGAGACUGCCCUCUCGUAUCUGUCUGAGUUUGAUUUGUCCGGAUUACAACAGAGACAAAAACACUGCUGGUACUUGUGAGUUCAUGAAGUUUGUUUGAGACGAGGAGAGUUCAGAGAAGUCAGUGUUGAUCCUGGCUGGAUGAGAUAUACUGACUUGAAUUUUGACACUACGCAUCUCUGAAUGAAUGUUUUUGAAAAUUAAAAAAAUACUGCGUUUUUUUACACCUUUAGAUUAUCAAAUGGGUACAAACGGGUUUGGGGGAGGAAAGGGUCUUUAAUAUUCAUGAAUAUUCAAUAAGUGGUGAUAAUUCAGUUUACCUACUUGUAACAAGAGAUUAUAUAUAACAGUGUAUAAAGUGUAUAUAAACA